AUGGACGCAGCGGAUAUUGCCAAGUGGAACACUGAGCGUGCACACAACUUGAAGGAUAUACUGUGCGUAUAUGGGAAAGUGAAGCAGAGGCCCUAUGCCGUGAAGCUACAAGGUGUAGACGCGCAGGCGAUGGAGCUGAACUUCAAGAACCACGAGUCUGACACGCAGAUGACGAAGUUCGUCGACAUCAGGGACCAAUUGGAAGGGGUGUCCCCUGACUACAACGAAGUGGUCAUGUCCCUGGCACGCCAGAGCGCCCGCAAGCUGAACAAGAGCUUCAACAAGCUGGACAAAGUGCUGUACCCGUGUGGGGUCGCCGACUUGCUAGUGAUCCUCGCCGUGUUGCUGCCUCCACUGUGCUACUUGUACAGGCCCUUGCUGCACUGGCUGUUCCCACCGCAGGUGCCAGUGCUGGGCCAGCUGGGCCAGCUAGUAGACUCAGACUACCGCUUGCUCGCAGUCAUCGUGCUCGAGUUCGCCAUCCACGCAGGUGAAGUGUACCUCGGCCUGUGGCCCUUGCUCCACUACUACAGAAUCACCGAGUCGCCGGACCUGCUUAUAGAAUACACACUGUUCGGCUUGCUCGAGGGCUACGGACCCAUCCGUAGACUGAAAUCCCUCCAGUGGGACUAA